UAGUGGUGCGGUGAGCUUAAUUAGGCAAACAAAAAAAAAAAGCAAUUAGGGUUCUCUUAAACCACCUUCCUCUCUAUAUAAACACUACACACACCAAAUCCAACCCUAAACCUUAUACUUUAUAGAUCUUCUUCUUGCCUCUCAUACAAUUUCAUCGAUUGAUUUAAUUCUAACAAAAUCAAUGGCGGAGGAGCAAACUGCAGUGAGAUCUAGGGGUAAGGUUGUUAGGUUUAGUGACCGGAAAGGGUUCGGCUUCAUUAAACCGGACGAUGAUGGUCAGGAUGUGUUUAUUCACUACUCAGCUAUCAAAUCAUCGGACGGUGAGUACCGCUCUCUUUACGUUGAUGAUUUAGUUGAAUUUACUCUCACUCUGUCUGCUGAUAAUAAAUAUCAAGCUGUUGAUGUGACUGUUAUUACUCCCAAUAAUAAGGGAGCUGCUGGUGGUGAUGGGGGAAUGAGGCGCGGUGGGGGUAGUGGACGUAGGUUUAGUAACGGUGGUGGUGGAGGUUAUGGUAGUGGUGGUGGGUGUUUUAACUGUGGUGGCAGUGGUCAUAUUGCUAGGGAUUGUAAUAAUACUGGUAAUUCUAAUAAUGGUUAUAAUAAUCGCCGUGGUGGGGGUGAGAGUAAUGGUGAGUGUUUUAAAUGUGGUGAUGUAGGGCAUUUUGCUAGGGACUGUAUGUCACGUGGCGGAGGCGGUGCUGUUGGUGGUGGUGAAAGUAAUGGCGAGUGCUUUAAUUGCGGUGAUGUUGGGCAUUUUGCUAGGGAUUGUACUUCGCGCAUUGGAGGUAAUGCUGCUGCUGCUGGUGGUGGUGGUGGUGAAAGCAAUGGUGAGUGUUAUAAGUGUGGUGAUGUUGGGCAUUUUGCUAGGGACUGUGCUUCCCGUGGUGGCGGAGGUGGAGCUGGUGGUAACAGUGAGCGUGGGUGCUAUAACUGUGGAGGUUAUGGGCAUAUGGCUAGGGAUUGCCCAGGUGGUAGCGGUUCCUGUUACAAUUGUGGAGGGUUUGGGCAUUUGGCUAGGGAUUGUACUAGUGCUAGAACUAGCGGUAAAGCUGGUGGUGGGUAUGCUGGUAAAGGACGUAAUGGUAGCAGCAGCAAUGGUGGAUGCUUUAACUGUGGAAAGGAAGGGCAUUUUGCUCGGGAUUGUUCUAACCAAUCUUGAGGGGAGAGUAAUUCUAUAUUUUUCUUUUUUUAUUUUCAAUCAUGGUGGUACUAGGGAUUCUUCUUUUAUUGUGUUUUUUAUUAAUAUCCAAUUUAUACAUAGGAUUUGUGUUGAUCCAAGUUGGUGAUAUCAAUAUCCUUUGUUAAGAGGGAAAUUUUCCCAUUUUUUGGCGAAUACAUAUGGUUAUUCUAAAGAAAUUGUUAGGGCUUUUUUCUCUAAACGACUGUUUGAUAUUAAUGUUCUAAUUUCCAUGAUAUAAAUGUUUGUUUGUGUUUAUGCAA